UAUAUUAAAUCCCAUAAAAGAAAGUGGGUAUCGAUAGUUCUAACCGAACCUAAUCAUCCCCAACUACACAGCCUUCAGAAACCUAACCAGAGAUGGACAUGAAGAAGAAAAUUUUGGUGUUAGGAGGAACUGGUUAUUUGGGGCAACAUCUCUUGGUUCGGUUCUCAGAAGAAAUCAAACAUCAACAACAAAAAUAUGAAUUAGCAUUUACUCAUUACUCAACUCCUCCUCAGUCACUGCUCAACGAAAUCUCUCCAUCAAUUGCUUUUCAUGUUGAUUUACAAACUGGACAAGGUCUUGAUUCCAUCGCCACUACAUUUGGGCAGCCAGAUGUGAUCGUAAAUUGUGCUGCGUUGUCUGUACCUCGUGUAUGCGAAACGGAUCCAACAGCAGCCAUGGCUAUAAAUGUACCAUCUUCUGUGGUGAAAUGGUUAUCAAACUUUGGUGACAGUGUUCUUUUGAUUCAUUUAUCAACUGAUCAAGAAGUCGCAAUUCAUACGUUUCUUGGUGGAGUUAAGUCUUGUCGUCCUGCUUUUGUGUCAGUUUAUGAAGGAGCCAAAUCGUUCUACAAGGAAGAAGAUGAAGCAUUCCCAGUGAAUGUAUAUGGAAAGUCAAAAGUGGCAGCGGAGCAGUUUAUUUCUGCAAACUGUUCAAAUUAUGCAAUUUUGAGGAGCAGUAUCAUCUAUGGGCCACAAACUAUUUCACCAAUUGUGAAAUCUCUUCCAAUUCAGUGGAUUGACAGCGUCCUUUUAAAAGGUGCCGAAGUGGAGUUCUUUCAUGAUGAGUUUCGAUGCCCAGUUUUCGUCAAGGAUGUUGUGGAUGUAAUUCUAACUUUGUCAAAGAAGUGGAUCUCAGAUAAAGAACAGAUGAAAUUACUAUUAAACGUUGGAGGACCAGAUCGGUUAUCCCGUUUGCAAAUGGCUGAAGCUGUUGCAACUGUUAAAGGAUACGACACAUCAUUACUGAAACCCGUCUCUGCAUCAUCAGUGAAUCGCGGUGUGAAUUCCCCUGCCGACAUUUCCAUGGACAUCAGUAAACUAUCUCAAACGCUUGGUAUUAAACCGACUCCAUACCUGGAUGGUGUUAGAUUAACUCUUGAUGCAACGGCUCAUUCCUAAACAAAUAAGGACUUGAUGUAAAUCUGUAUUCUUCUCUCUUUCAUCUAACAUUGUAUGGUCAUGUCAGGUUUGAAUUGAAUUCUCUGUUAUAUCUGUAAUCCAUUUAUUGAAACUAAAUAUAUUGCAACUUACUCUCA